AUGGACGACGGCUCUCCUCCCGCCAACUCUACCACCAAAGUGGUCGUCGUCUCCAGCCUCACUCGCAACGUCCUGGAACCACACUUGCAAACCAUAUUCGGCUUCUACGGAGACAUCCUCAAAAUGAGCGUGCCCCUCUAUGUAAAAUCCGGCCAAAACAAAGGCAAGGCGACCAUCGAGUUCGCCGACUCCGCCGCCGCACGCAAGGCUGUCUCUCACAUGGACGGCGGCCAGAUCGACGGCGCUGCCGUCAAGGUCGAGCUCUCCGACGGCCCCUUCCGCUCCCACUCCCGCUCACGCUCCCCGCGGCGGCACCGGCUACCGUGGUCGCUCGAGGAGCUACUCGGUGGCAUCGAGCCGGUCGCGCACGCGUUCUCUCAGCCCCCGCUCUCGUACGCGUUCGCGCACUCGCUCGUUCUACUCUUCUUCUGGCUACUCGCGCAGCAGGACCCGUUCCCGCUCUGUUAG